AUGGCUAGAUCUGUUGAAAUGCAGCCGCUUCUUAGUGAACCCUCUGCCGGCUUCCGCCAGAACCAAGGCUUCAUGGAUGCGCCACGAGCAGACCGACGGCUGCAAGGCUGGGCUGGUCCGAACUUUCGAGAUUUCACAUCUGACGACAUCGGUGCCUCAGUUGAUUUUGGCAGGCAGAGGAGUGGCGUUCGACUCCCUUCCCAGAACUAUCAACCCAUAACCGAAAUACCACACGCUGUGUCUGAUGUCCCUGCAGCCACUCAACUCAGACGUCCAGAGACAGAACAGGACUGGGAGGACCAGCGAGCUCGGAUCACCGAGCUCUAUUGGGAACAAGACAAGGACUUGAACGAUGUAAUCGAAAUAAUGCAACAGCAGUAUCGAUUUCUUGCUACCCAGAAGCAGUACAAACUGAGGAUCAAACGCUGGAAAAUCGAAAAGAACAUAAAGACAUCAGAGUCGCAAGCCAUGAUACGAAUCCAAAAGCAACGACAGGAACACGAGGGAAGAUCCACAACCUUUAUCCUGAGAAAGCGGAAAGUCCCACCAGAGAAAAUUGACCGAUUUGCCAAGAGACAAAAGCGAUGUGAAGAUGGAGCUUCGCCAGUUUCGGUGCCAACUCCUGCCGACCUCACGUAUCAUACACCCCCCCAACUCGAUGUCAUGAAGAGCCCUUCGAUAGGACUUUCACCUCACCCAUUGGACGUCCCUGUGGCGCUUGAUUCGUUCCCGCCGGUAUCAAAUGUUCCUACACCAGUCGCAAGCCCAGGUCGAGGAUGGUACGACGCGACGGAAUUCAAUUUCCAAAUUCCGAAUGUCCACCCUGAGAUUGUGUGGAAGCAGAGUAUGAACUUAUCUGUCAGAGCUUCUUCCCCUCCGCCGCACCUUGUACAACCUUGGAUUUUACUCCCUGAACAUAUCAACGACACCAGCCACUUCGUUCAAAGCCCCACGUCUCACACCUUCGAUCCGACAACGACUGGGGGUCUGCAAUUGGUCCACCGGUCCCCACGGGUUGACCCGGAGUACAUCAACGUUGAGCUUUCCGGUAAAUUGAGCCAUUCAAAUCUAUCAGAAUCUUUCGAAACGGCUCCAUACCACAUCCCAAUCUCGCAGUCAUGGGUCGGAUCCUCUCAUGUCAAUGCGGCCUUUACAGUGUCACGCCAAGAGUUUAGACCAAACAAGACUAUAGCGAAGGGCACAGUAGGGGAGCUUCCGACAAUUUAUGAAUCUCGACCAACUGACGUUAUGAAGGCUUCUGGCCGCGGCUUACCAGAACCAAUGUCUGCGGCAAAGCUAAGACAACACGCCAGUAAUGACGACCACGACGAGCCUUCCCCAGCGGCAAAACCACACCUGGACAACGGCUCACUCACCAUGUCCUUCAAACCAUGUCACAAAAUAGAUGGCGGAGCUUCACUUCUUGAAAUUCUAAGUCACGAGUCUCAGGCGAAAUCCAGCAUGGACAUGGUAAAGGAAUUAUCAAACACCGUGGCGCAACCUGUAAUUGCAACGUCACAACCCAUCGUUUCCGAAGGGUCGGCACCGGAAUCUGAGGCCACUGACCUCGUCGACAUGCCAAAGGCUGUUUACAAGGACUCUGAGAUGGAUCCAGGGACGCCAACAGGACACGCGACGCCGCUACGCCAGGGGUUACAUCCUGGGUCAAAUAAUUACGGGAGUAGUCAUGACGACAUCAAUGAAAUGGACGCGAGCAGAGCCAUCGCAAACGACUCUCCCGCGUCUUCAAGAACAGGCUCCGACGUCUAUGCCACACCCAUGAGUUUCGCAGUCGAAGAUUCCGCCACUGAUUCGGAGCCAGAAUCUGACGACUACGAAACCCCAAUGAAUAUUAUCAUGGAAGACUCUUCCAACAGUUCCGAGCCAGACGUUGACAACUAUAACACACCAAUGGAUUCUACUAUCGUCGACAAAAUCAUCACUUCAGAGCCAGAGCUAUACUCUGACGACCAACCUACACCAAAGAAUAUUGCCGUCGAGCAUUCGUCUCCCUUUUCAGAGUCUGCAUAUGCGACACCAAUGGAGAUUGCAAUUAUCGACUCAGUUACUGUUUCAGAUAAAUUCUUCGAUGAUGAGAUCCUCCCAAUCGACGUCAUAGAGUACCAACAUUCAGUGAGACUUACCGCAACUGCUCGCAUUCCGGGUGAGCCCAUCGAAGCCAUAGAAAGGCGGUUACGAUUCGCGGCGAAGGUUGGCGACCUCAAGUCUGUGGAAGAGCUUCUGCAUCGAGGGGCAAAUAUUGAUGCACGGUCCAAUACCGGAAUGUCAGCUCUCCACCUAGCAGCGUACAACGGUCAUCACGACGUGUUGGCAUUUCUCUUGGAUGAGGGAGCAAAGUUGAACACAGUAGACGCGGAAAUGGAAAUUCGCCUGACUGGCCGAAAUGUGAUGAUUCCAAAUCCUCAUCCCAUUCAUCUCGCUGCUCUGAGAGGACACCGGCAAUGCACCAACAUUGUCUUGGAGAAAACGGUUUCUUGGGCGGUCCCUGAUCUCGAGGGCCGUGAUGAUAAUUUUGUGGACCUGUUGGAAAUAGCUGUUGAAAGCAACCAUGUACAACUUGCAGCAUUCGUCAUUCAAUUACGAGGAGACAAGUGGUGGGAGGAGUUUGAUCUUGACCCUGUCCGCACGGCUGCACACAACGGUUCAUUGCCGUUGGUCUCACUUUUUCUGGAUCGUGGAAUGCCACCAAACAUGGUUUUUGAAGAGGACAUCAGUUCUCUCUGGAUCGCAUUAGCUAGGGGACAUCGACCUAUUGUCGAUCAUCUUCUUAAACAUGAUGCUGAAGUCAACCGUCGUGAUCGUAAUGGCGUGAGUCCGUUGGACGCCGCGAUUGCGCAAGGUCAUGGAGAAAUUGCCAAAAGUCUACUCGACAAGGGUGCUUGGGUCAAUGCACACGGAUCGAACCCCAAUGUUAACGCGGAGGCUAACGGGGUGGACCGUCUCGAAGAUUAUACAGAAUCUAUCUUUGAAUUACUCGACGCCCUACAAAUCAAGAUGGACGAUAAUUACCGGACCCCUUUACACUUGGCAGUUGGUAAAGGACGCGAGGAUAUUGUAAGCAUCUUGCUCCAAAACGGCGCAAGUCCAGCUUUCGCCCGGGAGAAGGGUCUCAUUUCGCCGAUACAAAUGGCUGCCAAACGAGGGCAUGCGGGCAUACUACAAACUUUUCUCAACUUUACUGCGGACGCAUCUUGGACGCCAUUGGAAGUUGCCACGUUCAAAGGUUGCGCUGCCACAGUAAAAGUCUUGCUUAGAAAUGGGUCGGAUCCAAAUCUCUACGGAAAUAGUCGCCAACCUCCUUUGCACACAGCCAUCGACCAUGAUUUCUUGGACAUCGCAGGGCUGCUUCUCGAAAACGGUGCUGAUGUGAAUGAUCUCAGCUCAUCUCAUCAGACACCCUUAGAAAUUGCCGUUUCUAAUAAAUCCUACAACACGGUCAAACUUUUGCUUCAAAAAGGGGCGGAUCCAAGCGCUUUUGGAAACAAUCGCCAAACCCCCUUGCACAUAGCCAUCGGCCACGAUUCCUGGAACAUCGCAGAACUGCUUCUCGAACACGGUGCUGAUCCCAAUCGUCUCGACUCGUCUGGUCAUUCUCCGUUUCAUAACGCUAUCAUGUUAGGCAACAGUAUGAUGGUAAACUUGCUGCUUGAUGACAACGCCGACGUGAAUGUACAUACCGGAAAAGGGCUUUCAGUCCUCGACCUUGCCCUUGCUAAAGAAUCAUAUUGCUCCUCGAAGAUUAUCCUCCCUAUUCUACUCGACUAUGAUGCUGACCCUGCAUUUUUAUUGCCAUGCACCGCUGCCAUGGGUGUCAAAACGGCUGUCUUGGAUAACCUGGUUGAAUCUUUUGCGCUAUGGGACUUGGGGCUAUUGGAGUUGCAAAGUUGGCAUCUUAUGCAUUUAGCAUCUGGCGUAGGGAACGAACGCGUUCUGAAGUCAUUGCUUCAAUCUGCCAAGAGUAAUCAAUAUCUGAUACGCAUCAAAUCAACCACUCAAAGGAAAGAGACGCCACUUCACGUCGCCGCACGUGCCGGCCAUUUAGGGGCCGUGAGGCUACUUGCCAACGCUGACAGACCGGUCACUCGCAUUGUGGACGCGAAUUUAGACACCGCUCUUCACGUUGCUGUAAAAAGCUCCCACCUAGACAUCACAGAGGAGCUGUUUCGACUUGGAGGAAUUGCCUACCAGUUCACGUAUAAGAACCAGGAGUUGAAACUGCCAAAUCAUGUUUCCGCUAUUAUUCAAUCAUCUCCUCUAGCGAAAAAUCUACUAGAACUUCUGUUCUCUAGUGCAUUAUACCUGAGGGAUCAUGGCCCAAGAAAAGACCAGACGGGAAUCGGAAUUCAUGUCAAGAACCGCUCCGCUGCCAUCUGGAUUCUGUGUAAAAAGCAUGAUGACGGGGCUUUGGAGAAUGAAUGGCUGAGGCUACUGGAGAUCUCGUUGAAUGAAGGCGACGAAGCUUUGUUCAAAAUGCUGGUAGAGAUCUUGCCAGACAUGGAAGCUGUUAAACACGGCCUAGAUAAGCGGAUGCUGUCUUGGUUUAUGCCCAUCUACGACGUUUCCGAGAAUUCAUGGCGCAUGUGCAGAGCAGUCGAGGCUUUUGCGGAGAAGAAAGUUGAUUUGUUCUGUCAUACGGCGCGAAGUGGAUGGAACAUGUUGACGAGGGCGGCGUUUUGGGGAGACAAGGCAAUGGUUGAAUUGGGAUUUAAGUUUGGAGCUCUCGUCGAUAAGACUGACGGUGGUGGGCGGACAGCAUACGAUGUAGCAGUUGAGAGGAAGCACAUGGGGGUGCAAGAGCUUCUUAUUAAGGCCAGGGUAAUGCCGCUCCGUGAAUAA